AUGAAAUCGAAAACUAUGACAUUAUUUUUAUCACUUUUGAUAGCGAGAAAGUAUUUCAGUAUUAAACCAAUAAUAGAGUUACAGCAUAUGCCAAAGACAACUGAACAUUUUAUCUCCACUUAUUUUGUUAAUGCUGAUGAAAUGUUCAAAAUUCCUGUUUUAUUAUUUAAUUCUAUUUUUGGAAAUCUUUUUGUUGAUAUUCUUUCACUCAAUUCGAUCAGAAUCAUUUCUUCAUUCAAGCCUUCCUGCUUCUGGGAUCAAUGGAACGAACAAGAUGAUGAAAAGCUCUUUGAAGCAGAUUUAACAGAGCAUCCUUUGGAAACACCUGUUUACAUUUCUCUUUCGAAUUACUUAGAGAAGAAUCUAGGUAAAUUGAUAAGUUCUGGAAAAUUAGGAACUGUUGAUUCUAAUGAUAUCUUUAUUUUGACAGAUAAAGAUCUCAUUGCAAUAAUAGAGAUCAUUUCGAGAGAAAGCUAUUCCGUACAUUUCAGAUUAAGGGGAUUGGAAUUCAAUGAUGUUUCUCCUUGUCAUUUGAAAAAUAGAAAUAUUAUUUCUGAUGAUUUAAACAUGAUUUUGCAAACUGAUAGUUUUAGAAAUAAUGUUUAUCAUUCUCUAAAAUUGUCAAGAGGGCCUCAUCAUUUAAUACAAUCUGAUUUGUUUUUCCCAGUCAGGUCAUUAGUUCUCUACGAUUUCACUACUUUCUUCGCUUUAGUGAAUGAACAAACAAGAGAAAAUUUGAAAUUCGUAAUUCUCGUACUUGUAUUGAAAGAAUCCGAUAUCUUCAAUAAUCCAGAAGAUUAUUCAUAUGCACCAAAUAAUGAUGAUAAAUUUUCCUUCUAUUUGUCUAAAUUCGGACUAAGUUUGAGUGAAGCUGAUUAUGAAUUUGCAAAUUGCAUUAGAUAUUCCAUUCAAACAGCAAUAGGAAUCAAUAUUGCACGGAAUAAUCAGUUGGCUAACUUAUUCAUGCUACUUAAUAACCCUCAAAAAUUUGAAAUUGAAAUUCUUGAUUAUGAUAACGAAAAAGUUCGAUCGAUAUUCGUCGACUUCACAAGGAAAUAUAUUGCGUCAUUAAUGUUUGCAACUGUUCAUAGCUGUUCAGAAGUUAAUUGGUCUAAUCCAGAUGUUGAUUUUCUCACUGAUUUUUAUCAUCAAGCUGUAGAUCAAUUUUGUCCUCUUCCUUUGAGAUCAGCUGAGUUUAGAGAUGCAUUUCUUAACAAAAAAGAAGUAGUAGUUUCAGAUUCCAAGAAAAAUCAUGAUAAAUUCGGAAUUUAUAUGUGUUCUGAAGAGAACUCAUUUAAUUUUAUUAAAUACAAUCAGCUGCAAGCUCAUUCCUUAUGGAAUUACUUUGCAAUUAUGCAGUUGUAUUAUAGGUGUGAUGAUCCGGAGAGCAUCGUAUAUAAAGAUGUCCAGUGUCACAUGCGAAAUUUAUUCUAUACAUCAGCAAGCCAUCCUUUAGGAUAUCCUGUUUAUGUAUCACCAAUUCUUACUUCAUACUAUCUACCAACCUUUUUGUAA